AUGAUAGCGGGGGAUGGCGGCGGCGUGGGGCGGAGCGGGGGGGGGGGAGGGGGGGUAGGGGGGGUGGGCGGGGUGGGCGGGGAUGUCAGGAGGGAAGAUGAUCUUGCCGAGGGGCGGCCGCAGGGAAUGAGUGGGUCGGGUGUGGGGUCGGUUGGGGGUUGGGUCAGUGGGGGUUGCGUGUGGGGGGGGUGGAGAUGGGGGGGGGGGGGGGGGGGGGGGGGGGGGCGGGGGGUGGGGGGGGGGGGGGGGGGGGGGGGGGCGUGGGGGGGGGGGGGAGGGGGGGGGGGGGGGGGGGUGGGGGGGCUGAGGCAUGGUCGAUGCAAUAGGAAGGUUAGGAAAUGUGUAUUACUUGGCAUUGUGGUGUUCGAGGGUGCGGGGGGGGCGGUGUGGUGGGUGGACCGGGGGGGGGGCGGUCGGGGGGACGAGGGGUGGUGGCUGCUCGCUGGGGUUAGGUCUGGAAGGGCGAGGGAAUUUCGGGUGGAGAGGUGUGAUGCGUGGUUAGAGCUGGAGAUGGAGUCAUCCUUUACUGACUCGACGUUUGAGAGCGUGGUUUUUGAAGUGUAG